CCAAAAAAGAUCAGUCAAAGACAGCAGUUAUCAAAAUCAAAAAGGAAAAACUUAGUUUUACUUCUGGUGUUGAAGAAAAUGAACAAACACCACCGAAUGUUGCUCCCGUUGUCACAGAACCACCAGUUGAAGUUUCAGUUGCUAUUCUUAAAAACGAAGCAACUGCAUUCACUGAAGAAACUCUUCAAACAACUACAACAAAUUCUGAUACUACAUCAACUGAUGCAAAUAGCGCCAAUGGCAAACGCACUCGAAAGAAGAAGGCUUUCAAUCAUCGCCCAAUCAAAGAAGAACGUGUUAGCCUGCAAUCAGAAGAAAACAUUCCAACACCAGUUUCAACACGCACUCGUAGCGGUAGUGCGGCCGCUCGACCGCGUCCAGCUUCUGUUUAUGAAGAUGCUGUUGAUAAAAUGCCACAAGAGCCAGAAAAAGUCGACACUACACCGAAGCAAUCCUUAUCAAAAACUGCCACACCUACACCGGCAGUUGUUGCCAAUGAAACAAUUGCCACUAACAAUGCCACAAUGGUUACUGCAUGUGGUGAUGCAACAUUUGUAACCAAUCAAGUAAAUAAUACAUUCGCUAUGCCAGCGCAAGCUACAUUCAAUUUGGGCAAUAAUCCCAAUGCAACUGUAACAAUCACAAAUGAUCCCAAUAAGAAUCCAUUGGCAAAUGUUGGAGAUGCCACAUUCGAUGUUAGAACACCGCCACAAAAUGAUAGCAUUAUGACUGAAGAUGAUUCCUUUGAAAAGCCACUUAUGCCACCGACUAAAAUCCAACCACCACCGCCACCACCACAAUCGGCAAAGGUCUUGAAAGCCAAAUCAAAGGGCAAUGAAUUGUUUAAUCCAUGUGUACAAAGUCCAGUUAAAAAGAAGGUUGAAGCAUUCGAAAACCAUGCACAAAAAGCUACAACUGAUGUAAGUUUAAAGACUAGAGCACGAAAGGCUAAGGAGAAUUCGGAACCAGAGUUGCCAAGCAUAAGAGAUCUCAAAUCGAUGACGAAUACAACUCCAGUUAUUGGAAAGCCACACGCGCCUCUUCUUGGAAGAUUCCUUACGCCAACACAACAAUCCAAUGUAACACCCAACGCUUCCAAUGCAAAAAAAUUACCCAACAGUGCGUCAAAAGCAAUGCCAUUCCCUUUAUCCAAACAGACUUCAGCAUCAAACUUAAAGUCGACAAGCUCAACUUCAUCGCAAUCUUUGUCACGGGAAAACAGCGAAGACGAUUUGAAAAAGGGAUUCAAUAAACUACAGAAAUUGGCAGAUGAACGUAAAAAGAAACGCGAACUUAAGCAUCAACAAGCUGCUCAACUACGUGAGGCAAAAGAAAAAGAACGAGCUGAACGUCUGAAAAAGCUUGUCAAAGAACGCGAAGAGAAGAACCGCAAAAAAGCUCUCGAAAUGGAACAAAAGAAACGUGAACUCGAAGAAAUCAAUCGCAAUUUGAAACUUCAAGAGGAACGAGAACAAAAGCAGAGAUUAGCAACAGCUGCUGCAGCAACUAAAUCGAAACCAGAUCAAGUAGAAAUUGCACGACAAGAACGAGAGCUGUUGGAACAGAUGAGGAAAAUGCCCCCACCACCAAAACAAGUCACCAAAUACAACUUUAACAUGCUGCACAGUGAUGAUUCAACAGAUGAAGAAGGCAAGGCAUCAUACAAAAGACCCAAACCACCACAAUGGAGCAAGAGUUCAGUUCGUGCCGAUUGUAUUACAUGUCAGGCAUAUUUGUCAUCGGAUAUUAUCGAUAGUUUCUUUUCGGUGCAACCGAUGACACCCGACUUGAAGGCUAUAUUCCCCAAUAUCGAUGCACGUUAUUUGAAACGCAAUUCCAGUGCCAUCUGGCGAACGCCGCCACGUUACUCGGAAAUGCCCAAGUACUAAACAAAAAUAAAUAAAUAUAAUAUAUACUUUAUUUCAAUUUUUCAUUUAUUAUAAAUUUAUUAAGUUUAUUAUUUUAAUUAUAUCAUUUAUGUAAUAUUGAUGAAUGCUUUGUCUCUAAGUGCGCCGUUGUUUUUUUUUGUAUUUUAAUUAAUAUUGGUUCUUUUUUUCGAU